UUUAUUUUUCUUAUUGGGAAAAUAAGAAUCUUUUAUACAGUCAAAAGAAGUGGUUUUAGGUAUAAUGAAGUGUUAAGUUUUGUUAACGUGUUCAAGUGUUUAGGAUUCAACAUGGGUUUUUGAGGUAAGAUAGCAUAUAUUCUAAGACAACAACACAAAUGCCAAAUUAUGCUACUUGAAAUAGGGGAGUAUAUUCGAGGAGUUAUAAUUUUACUAGCAUAGCUAAGGAAAUUUUACUAGCAUUAGUGGUUUAUAUAUCUUGGUCAAGAAAGAUACAAUGUGGUGGAAUAAGAAGGUCAAGACUAGGGUAAAGAUAAAGAUUAAAUGGUAACUUGCACUACUAAAAUGCAAGAUUGACGAGGAGUUGUCUAAAUAUAAAUAAAUUUAAACAAAGGAAAAAGUACUACACAAGAAGAAAUUAAGGGCUUUUAUAGAGAUGUUUAACAUGAUAAGUUCUAAAGAUGGAGAAAAAUAUUUGUAGAUGGGCAAAGAGGAAACAAACAAAGACUUAAAACAUAGAUUUAUCAAAGUUUAUCAAGGAUAAGGAUAAUAACAUCAUAGUCCUAGACCGGGACAUCAAGGAUCAAUGAUGACAUUGUUUGACGAGUUAUUUGAUGGAGAACAAGAGAAUGCUGUUGGGGACAUAACUAUCAUUCCCGUGGAAGAAAAUAGAGAACUUUUGGGACAAUUUAAGAAAUUAGAGGUUGAGGGGGCUUUAAAAAUAAUGAAGCUUAAGAAAGUGGUGGGCCAAAUGGUUACCUAUUGAGGUAUGGAGAUGCCUAGAUCCAAUUUAAGUUACUUGGCUAACUAAUUUAUUUAACAAGAUUUAGAAGACAAAUAAGAUGCCCACCGAAUGGACAAGUACACUAGUACCCAUUUUCGAGAAACAAGAAGAUAUUAAAGAUUGCUGUAACUAUGAAAGAAUAAAACUAGUGAGCUAUAAUAUGUAGUUAUGGGAAAUUGUGAUAGAACACAUAUAAGAAAUUGUAAUAGAUGAGAGUUUUAGGGUGUGAAAUAAUGCAAAAUAUCAUAGAAAGGAUGCAGAAAAUACAAAGAGAAAGAAAGAAACAAAGAAAAAAGAGUAGAUAGUAGCAAAUUUCGAGCAAUUGCAAGGAUCUUAAAGAAAAUUUAAUUUAUUCAUUUCAUAAGCCUCGAGCAUUAUUACAAUAGAGGUAUUUAUAACCAUAAUGGCCUAACAACCAGAUAUAGAUUCCCUUCUAGAAGGAUCCACUCUAACAUAUUUGCUAAAAUCUAUUCCUAUACCAACAAUAACAUAAUUGUUAACAAAAGUAUUAAUAUCGUGCUGAGUUAGCAAAAUUUUCCUCGACAUUUGUUUCCUAUUUGUUAUGCCAUUCUCUAUUCAUUACGUUAUCGGUUGCCCAAAGAUCAACUUUGUUCUAAAAGUGAGUAGCCAUCUGCUUCAAUGUUAGAGAAGCGAUGACACAAUUCGGGCUAAUUUUGUACCCUUUUCCAUGACAAAUAAUAUGGAUAAAAUGUGGCUCAAGCUUGGCGUAAUCAAGACUGAGUGGGAGAAAUAUGAGUGCAUUGUUUGUGUAGUGGGAUGGAAAAAUGAUGGUAGUUCAGAGGUUGUCUUGGCACACGGUUGCUCUUGGAAUUAAGGGUUUGUAGAAUGGGCCAAGGAAGGGCCAUGGAUUGGCAUUGAUAAACAUCACCUAUAAUUGGUAAAUGGGUGGGCCUUCGUGUGCUCUUUUUGGGUAGUUACAAUAGGAUUUUUGGGUGGGUAAAAAUGUGAGUGGGUAACUAAAAUUAACCCUAAUCUACUCAUCUCCUUUCGUAUGGCCUCCCAAGAGAAUUUGACAUCACUUUUGCAGCUUCCCUAUAGUAAAAUUUUCUUUCAAUAAGACUCCUAUUGGCCAUCACCCCAACAUUUGAACCUCUGGAAUGCUUUCAUGACUAGGUUGCUUGUUCCUAUAGUAAAAAAAAAUUUCUUUUUAAAGUCCUAUGACACAACCUAUUGUAUUAGCCUCCAUAAAGUCCCCUUUACUUCCAUUUUCUUAUAUUCUAAAAACUGUAUCUCCACCACUCUUUUUGACACCUUACCAACUCUUAAUAAAAGCAUGAAAAGUUUUACUCUCUUUUUCAUUUUUUUCAAGGAAAGUGCCAUCAUGAAAAGCUCCUCAAGUAUCUCUCUCAUCCCAUCUUUUUCUACAAUAAACAAAAUAAUCCGCGUUGUCCGUUUUUCUACAAUAAAUGGUGAGGCCGUGUAGUCUCAAUUUUGAUUUGGGAAUGAGAAAAUUUAUGGGUGUUGGGGUUUUUGGCGAGGCUGUAGUACUGAGUGUGUAAUAGGUUGUUGGAGAGGUGGUUGAUGUUGGUAUUGCUAGCGGGCUUAAGGUGUUUGUUUCUUGGAUAGUUGAAGGUGGUAGCAUGGUUGUUGGAGAUUAGAAUGAUUUAUUUUUGUGGUAAGAUAGGGUUUGUUCGUGUGAGUUGUUUCGUUAGUGGUGUUUGGUUGGGUGAUUUGAAGUUAGAGAUCUUGGGGUUAGGAAGUGGUUAUGGGCUAAAUCAUGUCAAGCAACUCAUCUUCCCUUUCUUUAUUAAAGAUGAGAAGAAAAUACUCAUGCCCUAUUCUUUUACAUUCAUGCCUAGACUAUUCUUUUUCACCAAAAUCUUCCCUGCACCAUUCACAUAGACCUUUUCUUAUAGAUCUCUUGUACAUAUUGUGACUUGAAUGACUAGAUAAGUGCAGCUUCUUGGAGAUUCAUUAAUGAAGGGACUAUAGUACCCAAUUUUUCAAGAAAAAAAUCUAAGGGAUCCAUCUGUGACUGACUUUAAGGUUGUCGAAAAAUACGUAGAUCAAAUUUUUAAGGUGUGAAACAAUGCAUCAGAGAGAGGAUGAAGAAAUUACAGAGAAAAAGAAAGAAAUACAAAAAAAGGUUAGUAGCCGAUUUUGAGCAUCUGCAAGGCUUCAAAAGAAAGUUUAAUUUGUUUCAUUUCCUAAGCCUUGAGCAUUAUUACAAUAGAGAUAUCUGUAGUCAUAGUGGCCUAACAACCGUAUAUAGAUUUCUUUCUAGAAGGACCCACUCUAAUAGAUUUGCCAACAACCCAUUUCCAUAUCAGCAAUAACCAAAUUUUUAACAAAACUAUUACUGUCCUGCUUAGUCCCUUAGCAUUUGGUGCUCAUUUGUUACGCCAUUCUCUAUUUCAUUACAAAGAUCUACUAGCAUAUCAUAAACCUAUUAAAAGAACCACUUGAGGAAGUGUACGACUCUUCUAAUGCAGUGUAUUGGUUUUGGUCUACUAAUAUGCCCUCUAGCCAAAGGCCUCUCUACCGGUCAUGAAGACGUUGACGGUACAAGGACCAAACCACAGCGAUUUCGGGGCACUAAUGACCAGCCAAAUUGGAGCCACAUGCACUUCCCACCACUCUAGUGCGUCAUCUUGAUGAGCUCCUUGGCUUAGCUGGAGACCCUGAUUCUGAUCCAGUUUUCAAGAAUCAUGGCUUGAACAUGGAUGUGCUGUAUCGCACUGGAGAGACUCAGGAGGGUCUUCUUACCUAUACCCCUCGGCUAGUUUCGGUUAACUAUCAAGGAUCCCUUGGUUCAAUGAGUUCAUAUGGUACAUUGUAUAAUCAUGCUCCAGAAUUAUCAUCCCAUGUUGCCACCUGGAAAGGCAGUGUAACCACCCAGCAGUCUCAGCCUUAUAAAAGGAACUUAUUCUUGCAAUCUUUAUACGAGGAAGAGCAGAAGCAAUCAAUUGUUAUUGAAAACAGGCAUGAUGAUUCAAAGAAUGGUUUUCAAGAUCAUGAUAUAGUGCAGUGCUUGGAAAACAGUGUCCAAUUCUGGUCAGACUUCUCAAAAGUACAUUACCAUCCACAAAGUCUAUAUCAAUUGAAUGGACUUUGGAUGGAUGCUGAGGCAUUCAGUAAUUAUGGUGCGGGAAAGGAUGUAUUUGCUGAAGGUUCUCGAGGAGAGGAUAUGAUUGAAAGACUUCGUUUCUUCAUCGAAGAGUGUGAUCAUGCACAGCAGGGCAUUCAAUGUGUGGUGGAUGAUUCAGGAGGGUUUUCCAGUAUCGCAGCUGAUUUACUACAGAACAUUGCCGAUGAAUACACAAAUACUCCUGUGUUGCUUUAUACCGCCCGUGAUCCAGUCUCUUUUAUGAACUCUGUUGGUCAAAAAAGGAAUAUUUCUAGGGAUCUUCAUAAUGCAGUUUCUUUCGCAAAAUUAUCUUCUUUUUGCAAACUGAUUGUACCUGUUGGUCUACCCUUUCUUGGAGGAAGUAAAGCUUCCAUGUACCUGUGUGUGAAUGAUAAAAAGCAUUACCACAGCAGUGCAGUCUAUGCUGCUGCGCUACACACUAUCAGUCUUCCCUUUCGCAUGGAUUCACUCGGACCCACUUCAACUUCAGCUUUUACUUCUGGUGCCUUGGAUAUCAACAGCAUUGUGCAUAUGCUAUCUGGCCAACCUCGACAGAAUAUGGUAGCCAUAUUAGAUGCUACUAUGCCAGCUCCCAGUAUUGGGGAACCUGUUGAAAAAUCACUGUUGAGUCAAUUGAAGUCAUUAACUUCAGAAAUAUCAGAAGAUGUGGAAGAUGUAGAGUCUGUUGAACACUUGGUGAUUCAAGGAGCACUUGAGUCAGGGGAACAACGAGCUUCUAUCUCCAAUGUUGAAUAUGCUAUAAAUGCUGCUUAUAGACAAGCAACAUCGAGGCCUAGAUUCUGUCAUCUGUCUACAGCAACUUGUCCUCUCCCGAUACCUUUACCAUUUCCUUCCAUAUUCUCGGAAAAUGUUGGCCGUUGUGGUCAGCUGCUCAGCAACUCUGGUUCAGAUUCUUUUGCAAAGGGUUCGCUCGAUGUCCAUUCUAUCCCUAUGGCAGCUAGAUUGCGUUCUAGCAGUGCAGUCUUACCAUUCUUGACAAACAGGCUAGAAAACUUGCGGAAAUUUGGAAUUCAACGUGGUGCCUUGGGUGGAGAAUUGCUCAAAAGCUGGGGUUUUGGAAAAGAGGAGAUUGAAGACAUGGGAGAGACACUCUCAAAUAUGGUUAGGGCUCUAAAUCCAUACUCUGAUGUAUCCUCUGAUUCAGAUUAGUUUAUGAAUAGAGUGAUACUCCCUUUUUUGUAUGAUAGGUUUCUUUGAAUACAAUUUUUCCCUUUUUUUAGGGAUAAAUUUUGUUACGGUGGGUUUUGGGUUUUUGAUUUAGCUAAUGUCAUGUGCCAAAACAUAAUCUUGUUCUCAGUUAUAUUUUUUUCCAUAUUAUCCUUUUUGGAGAGGUGUUUAAAAUAGACUGAUUUUAUAUGGACUCAAAAUACUUGACUUUGAUUUGAAUGAUUUACGGACUAUAAAUCACGUAAUUGAUCACUGAUGGUUUAAUAAUAUUGGAGAAUAAUCAAGAGUAGAAAUAAGGUCUUUGACGCAGUCAUGAAUCAUGAUCAAACAAGUAGAUGAGUUGUUGAUUGUUGCACUUAUUUAUCAUUGCUAUGACUAAGUAUUAACAAACAUAUUCAUCUCAUGUUUCUUUGGAGUUUUUACUUCCUCUGUCCCAUAUAAAGCUUAUAUAGUUUCCUUAAACUGAUAUUCUACAAAUUAUAAUUUCAAUUUUGGGUUAGGAUCAUAAUACCUUCAUUAAAUUCCAUAUAUACAUGUUUUUUCUUACUUUAAAUAUCAUCUUAUACGAUUCAAAUGCUUUGUGUUAUUCACCCAACCUAUCACCAUAGAAGAUUUUAUACAAUG